ACCAAACGUACGGCACUUUACGCGACUGAACUUCAUAUAGCAACAUUCGACAGCAAGUGCUACCAUUGCAAAGCCCGAUCUGCUCUGCCAUCAACCAGCAGCUAGCAACACUCAGCGCGAAUCAAAUCUGCUAUAUCAACGUAUAGCCCUCACCUGUCAUUAAUGUUGUUCGCCAUCGCCCAAAAUCUUAAUCCGAGAGCUUAGCCCACCAUGGCCGGCCUUGAAGACCCCGAGGCGUCCCCAGGCCUGUUCGAUUCCGAGUCUGAAUUCGAGGGCUUUGGGUCAUUACAGCCCAGUCCGACACAUAUUAAACAAAAGUCUCCACAUGCGCCUAUUACUAGCAAUGACAUUGGAGCUGUCGACACCGAAACCACAGCCGGCGAGCUUCUCCAAGCGUUGCAGGCCGAUGUUGUGAUGGAAGAUGCGCCCCUCCCGAGUGACCAACCGAACUCGGGCGGCUUGAUGCAGGAGAAUGUCGACCAUGCCCAAAAAGGUCGCGACGAAGACGACGAUGGCGACGAGGAUGGUGAUGAUUACACCCACGAGCAGAGCGGCAGCGAGGACCAGUCAGAGGUUGGCCGGCGCAUUGGCGAGAAUAGCAGUAGAAGUAGCAGCAGUAUUGUUGGCAAGGCCAACAGCAGUGGCUAUUGCGACAGUCUGGGUACAAGCACAAGCGGGAACCAUGAACGGCUUCAGAUUCUGAUCCCUUCAUUCACGGGGUUCAAGGACGGAGAGUAUCAUGUGGCACCGCCGAGCCAGUACGUGAAAGCUGUAAACAAGGAUCUGGGUGUUGGGUUAUUCAAAAUUGAGUAUGAUGAUGGCCGAACAGAAAAUGUGUCUUAUCAAGAACUUUGCAGUCUUGAGAACGGUCGCGUGGCAUUGAAUCGUUUUCGCGAUCCAGACAAUAUGGACGAGACCUACCCGCACCGCAGUUCCAAACGGCGGAAAGUCAGGCAUGACUCAGAUUACGACAGUGCCACGUAUCAGAUCAAUGAGCCCGCAGACGACGAUGAUCUGGACAUCGGCUAUCAUGAUGAUGAGGAUGAAGAUGAAGAUGAGGACAACGAUGAUGACGAUGACGACGAUGACGUUGUUUUCAAGCGCCAUCCAAGUCAGAAACGCCGUUCUUCGAAUAGGAUCUCAUCCAGAAUCUCUACGCGCAAUACCACAAGGCGCACCAAGGUCACUGUUCGGUCAUCGGCCUCAGUUGCGCCUUCUGGUUCUAAGCGCAGCCUAAGAACCAAAACCCAAGAAGCCACCCGACGGAGUCAAGCACAAGAUGACCAAGAUUCCGAGGCAGACGAACUUGCAAAAAGCGACAGCGACUACCCUAUCAUUGUUUCAGAUGUCCUACCUGUCAAGCCGAAAAAGCAAAGGGGACGACCGUCUCGCCACAGCUUCCGUGAGGCCUCCAUCGAGUUCGAAACUAGACGGUCAGGUCGGACCAACAAGACGACGAAGUCAAUGGAUGUGAGGGGCUUGGGUGACGACGACGACGAAUCUUUCUACGUCGAAGACAAGCAUGCGGGUGCGCCCAAGGUAAUCAGUAUCAAGGAAGUCUUUAAACCAGUUCAAGACGAGAAGUUCAACGCGGUGCACUCAACCAUGUGCGACACGUGUGGACAGGUCGGCCAUAACGCUCAAAAAGGAAUCCUGAUACAUUGUCAAGGAUGCUCCUUUGCCUACCAUAAAACAUGUAUCGGCUAUCGGGCUGGCAGAGAGCAUCGUGCCACCAAAAUCGGCCCAGGCGAUUUUGUACUGCAAUGUCGCUUUUGCAUUGGGUUUUAUCGGAAAAGAGAUGGCGCCCCCCGGCAUGACAAAUGUCAGGGCUGCAACGAAGAAGGGAAAGCUUGUAAAGAAUUCUCGCCCAAGCUCACGGGCAGAGCAGAAGAAAAGAUCCGCAUUGCCAACAACGGGGAGGAUCCUGUCACGCCGGUUCCGGCUAACCUCAUCAACAACGCAGAAGUGGUUCUGUUCCGCUGUGCUAAGUGCAAACGGGCGUAUCACUACGAGCAUCUGCCUCGAGUGGACAAGCGUGAGGACCCAGACGAUACAGAGGCCAUCCGUGCCAACCGCCUUGCGGAAUACACUAUCGACCAUAAAUGCAGAGAUUGUCUCGAUAUCACCGACAAAAUUGAAGCUUUGGUGGCGUGGCGGCCUGCUGACAUGGAGCGUCAUAAAGAUCAACCUUUUAGCGCUCUAAGCGACGACGUCAAGGAGUAUUUGGUGAAAUGGGCGACCAAAUCCCAUGCCCAUUGCACAUGGCUACCAGGGGCCUGGGUGUAUGGUGUGGUUAACGGUACCAUGCGAGCAUCGUUUGCCAAGCGGAAUGAUGGCGACGCGCCUCCUCCUGCGGCCGACACAGACGCUGCUAUCCCCGAAGAAUGGUUGAUGCCAGACAUCAUCUUGGCUGUCAGGUACCAAAACGGCUCUGACAGCACCUACUCGAAACAAGAUGCUUUGGCCAAGAUCUCCAAGGUUAAGCAGGUACGGGUCAAGUUCCAAGGCCUGCCAUACAGCGAUACUGUUUGGGACGCUCCACCGUCCAAGGAUAAGCCCAGAUUGUGGAACGCCUUCAAAGAAGCGUAUUGCGAAUGGGUAGCUGGCAAAUACUUUGAGGAUGUCGGCAACAGCACAAUGCUUGCGCGCAUGAAGCAGUGGCGCGCCCUUGAUCCCUACCCAUCGAUCCAAAAGCAGCCUGAGGGUUUAGCUUCCGGCUGCAAGCUGAUGGGCUACCAAGUUGAAGGCGUCGACUGGCUAGUAUGGAACUAUUACAAGCUGAGGAGCUGUGUGCUCGCUGACGAGAUGGGUCUCGGCAAAACUAUCCAGAUCUGUGCUUUCAUGGCGGCGCUUGCGCUGAAUGAGCCCAAAUGCUGGCCGUUCCUUGUUGUCGUUCCCAACUCGACAUGCCCCAACUGGCGACGAGAGAUCAAGCAGUGGGUACCGGACUUGCGAGUAGUCUGCUACCAUGGAGGAAAAGUGCCCCAGGACCUUGCGCUUAGGAACGAGUUGUUUCCAGAUGGGAGGGACAACAUGAAGGCUCAUGUGGUCGUCAUGUCUUACGAUUCUGCUUCCGACAUGUCAACUCGCACUUACUUCAAAAAUGUGCAUUGGAAAGCCCUGGUGGUCGACGAGGGUCAACGACUGAAGAACGACCAAAACAUACUUUACGUUGCGUUGAGGGCCAUGAAAAUCCCCUUCCGUAUACUCCUUACGGGAACGCCACUUCAAAACAACAAAAGGGAACUGUUUAAUUUGGUUCAGUUCAUCGACAGCAGCAAGAACGCAGCCAAGCUGGAUGAGAGGUUUGCAGAGCUUACUAAAGAAAACAUCCCUCAACUGCAUGAUGAAAUCAAGCCGUACUUUUUGCGGCGCACCAAAGCUGAAGUACUCAAGUUCCUGCCGCCUAUGGGACAGGUGAUCGUUCCGGUGACCAUGUCAUUUGUUCAGGAAAAGCUCUGCAAGUCUAUAAUGACCAAAAGUCCACAAUUGAUCCAGGCUAUUUUCGCAAAGAACAAGAUGGGCGUCAAGGAGCGAGGCUCUCUCAACAACAUCCUGAUGCAGCUGCGCAAAUGUCUUUGUCAUCCUUUUGUUUACAGUCGUGACGUCGAAGAUACAACUCUCGACCCUGAGACGAUGCAGCGCAAUCUAAUCGAGGCGUCUCCAAAGCUUGUUCUCCUCAGUCGAAUGCUUCCCAAGCUUAAGGAAAAGGGCCACCGUGUCUUGAUUUUCAGCCAAUUCCUUGAUCAGCUGGAUAUCAUUGAGGACUUUCUCGCCGGUCUAGGUUUCCUGUACCAACGUCUCGACGGAACUAUGAGCAGCUUAGAGAAACAGAAGCGGAUCGACGAGUUCAACGCUCCCAGCUCUGAGCUCUUCGCGUUCCUGCUGUCUACUCGUGCUGGCGGAGUUGGUAUCAACUUGGCUACGGCUGAUACCGUCAUCAUUAUGGACCCGGAUUUCAAUCCCCAUCAGGACUUGCAGGCGCUAUCGCGCGCCCAUCGAAUCGGCCAAAUGAACAAGGUCCUCUGCUUUCAGCUUAUGACAAAGGGUUCAGUCGAGGAGAAGAUUAUGCAAAUCGGACGCAAAAAGAUGGCGCUGGAUCACGUACUGAUCGAGGCCAUGGACGACGAGGAGGCAGCGCCCGACGAUUUGGAGUCGAUCUUGAAGCAUGGAGCUGAGCAAUUGUUCAACGAUGAUAAUGAAAAAGAAGUUAUCAAGUACGAUGACACCUCGAUCGAAAAGCUACUGGACCGUUCCCACCUUGUCAACCCCGAGCUCAAUGAUAGUGAGAAGCCAGACCGCGAGUUCACAUUGGCUCGCGUAUGGCGGAACGACAAAGGGACUUUGGCAGACGACCUCGAGGUUGCUGAAACCGGCACUGAUGUUAUGGACUCAACCGCGUGGCAUGAGAUUAUACGAGAGCGUGAGCUGUUGGCCCAACGCGAGGCUGAAAAGAACGCCCAGGUGUACGGUCGUGGCGGCCGCCGACGUCAGAAUGUGACGUAUGCGGCCAACGAGAACGAAGGCCAAAAAAGCGAAUCUGAAAAGGAUGAGGAUUUCGUUGCCAAUGAAGAGGAAUCGGCUGCCGACAGCGAUGAGAGCAGUGAUGAGGAGCUCGAUAGGAACGGAAACCCCGUUCUCAAAGAAAUCUCCAAUCCAGCAGUCCAACAGCUCCCUCCAAACCCCGGACGCAUCUCCACCACGGCCGUUCCCAUACCUGACUACAUCUCCGGAAACUACAGCCGUGCUCUCCAGCCUCAAGGAAGAGCCGGCACCCCCGGAAUACAAAUCAAACUCUCAAACCGACCUGUCCAACAGCCAUUACCCUCCCUCCGACAGCCACCAAUCUACCCUCAACCCCCAGGAGGGCUCAAUGGGACCGCCGGGCCAACAGCAGUAAGACAGCAGCCAGCUGUCGAGUCGGGGCUGAGAAGGUUCUGUGAUAACUGCUGUCUGCCUCAUCCCCCGCAAGCACGGUGCCCUAUCGAUACGACAUCCGAGUUGUCACUCAGACUCACCAUUGACGCUUUACGUACUGCGACUAACGAUGACAGGGUGCAUAUAAGGAAUGCACUGCAGGAGAAGCUUAGGCAUCUCAGGGCUGUCCAGGCCGCCAAGGCCGCACAAGCUGCUAAUAACCUGGGAGGUCGGAAGGCAUAAUUUCACUGCUUUUACCAUCUAGACUCAUCGUCCACUUUGAUACUUUCACAGGCAUUCAGGGGCGCUUUUUUGGCCACAUAGAGUGGCUGCUUGCGUAUUAAACUUUGACCUUACGACAUGACAUGUUGUCAAAAGCUAUGCUUUUCGAAGCUCUGGUUUUGUGCCUGUAUUGCCCUUUCCCUCCCUUUUUCUUUGUUCUCACUUAAUCUGAAGCAUGCGAGCAUUUCCUGCAUAGGAGUGAGAUAAUGAUGCACGGGCAUUUUUUUAUUUAAUCUUUAGUCUGUCUCUGCCUUGAUAUCGGUGGAGAUAUGGUGGGAGGUGAAUAGAGGACGGAGAGGCGUUGAAUUGUUGACAGGAAGAGCAGAUGGAGAUCAGAGAUGCAUUUGCGUUUGGACUCUAGGAAAAGAUGUGAUCGUGGUGCCUCGUUCCAAUCUAGUCAGUCCUAAUGCAGCACAAAAAAACCAUCUUGACGAAAUGUAC